UGAAGCUUUCCGCUAGUUUCUCUACAAGUGUCACCUGCUCGUUCCGCCGGGAAAAAGGACUGUUUCUAGUUUUAACAAGCAGCCGAGGGGACGAAAACUCCAUCCACUGAUCUGAAGUGCAAGAUGAACAACAGGGAUCGUUGGAGAGUGUACAAGCGGGUGAGUGUCAUGUUCUUUCUGGCUGUGGUGGCUCUGACUGUUGUCCAAAGAGGGAACAUCAGCAUGGAAGCUCCCUUCAAAAUUGAGAGGCAAACUCGCAUGGAUGCCUCUGAGGGAGUAGAUCGGGCAGCGAGCCUGCAGCUGAAAAAGGGCUUAGAGACGAUUGGCUUCUGGAAGGCCAGCAACCCUCAGCCCGUGCCUAAGGCUCACACAACCACGGAGGAGCCGAGCAUCACUGAGGACCACAGCCUCAGCCACUGGGAUGUAACCAGCUCCAACUGCAGCGCCAACCUCAACAUCACGGGCCAGGAGUGGUUCAUGAACCUGGAGAGCAAUUUCCAGCAGUUCCUGCUCUAUCGUCACUGCCGGUACUUUCCUAUGCUCAUCAAUCACCCAGAGAAGUGCGCUGGAGAGACCUAUCUGCUCAUGGUUAUUAAGUCGGUGGCCACGCAGCAUGACCGCCGGGAGGUCAUCCGCAAAACCUGGGGCAAGGAGCAGGUGGUGGACGGCAAGAGGGUGAGGACGCUCUUCCUCCUGGGGAAACCAUCUAACGAGGCAGAGAAAGCGAACCACCAGAAGCUAUUGGAGUAUGAGGACUACAUCUAUGGGGAUAUCCUUCAAUGGGACUUCUUAGAUAGCUUCUUCAACCUCACGCUCAAGGAGACUCACUUCCUCAAGUGGUUUGACACCUACUGCUCCAAUGUGCGCUACAUCUUCAAGGGGGAUGAUGACGUCUUUGUCAGUGUGACAAACAUCUUCGAGUUUCUGCAAAGCAGCACCCACACAAAAAAUCUGUUUGUGGGGGACGUCAUUUUUAAAGCAAAGCCCAUUCGUAAAAAGGACAACAAAUACUACAUCCCCCAGGUGCUGUACAAUAACACACACUAUCCUCCGUACGCUGGUGGAGGGGGGUUUCUGAUGGAUGGGCCUCUGGCAAGGAGGCUACACUGGGCAGCGGACACCCUGGAACUCUACCCCAUCGAUGACGUCUUCUUGGGCAUGUGCCUUGAGGUGCUCGGGGUCAUCCCGAUCAGACACAACGCCUUUAAGACGUUUGGCUUGGUGAAAAAUAAGAACAGCAAGUUGAACAGAGAACCCUGUUUCUUUAAGAACAUGAUUGUGGUGCACAAGCUGCUCCCAUCGGACCUCAUGCACAUGUGGAAUCUGGUGAACAGUGACUUGAUCUGCUCGCAGAAAGUGGAGAUCUCAUAGCCCUGGAAACAGCGGGUUGGGGACAGCACAGACUUUGAGCUGAGGUGGAAGUGAUAUGUGAGAGAGGGAGGCGAAUGUUAACUUGUCAGUUGACUUCUAUUCAAGUUCUCCUUUAUGUGGAGAAGGACAAGGAUAAUAUUUAAAACUUUCUAUUUAUGUACUGUGAUGCAAAUUCUGUUGGAGCAGCUUCCACCACUAUCAGAGUAAAUUAUAAAAAGUUUUUAAUUUUUUUUUUUUUAAGGCUGCUUAGGGUUAUUUAUAUUCUCUUGAUGUUUUGAAGGCCUCUCAGCAGGUCAAUUCUGAGACAGCGACCUAAGGUUAAGCUAUUGUGUUGUGAGGAGGAUGGCCAGUUGCUCCACAGUAACAGGCUGUCGACUUUGUCCCGAGUGUUGCGCGUAACCGUCAUUUGGACCAGACAUUGGCAUGAUCCAGUGACUUCAGAUAGUUUCACACAACAAGAAGAAACAACUGUGUGUCUACCUCAGCAAAGUAGCCCAAAAGUCUAAUUUUCUUAACUAGUUACUUUAUCAAACAUAACCAGGAAAGCAGUGUCUGAACACUGCAUGUUCCCAAAGUAAGACUUAGAUCCCAAGAUUUCAAGAUUUCACGUUUUCAAGAUCAUUAUUAUUAUUAUUAUUAUUAUUAUUAUUAUUCAUGGAGGUCUUUGCACUUCUAUUAUUCUCUGGAAUGUGACUGACUUGAUCGGGACUUCUGCUACUAGCAUGCUACUGAAAACUACAAAAAAAAAAAAAAAAAAAAAAAAAAAGAUGUCUAAACUUGUUACCUAUGUUUUGCCCAUGGAUUUGAAUGUGCUGAUAUACUUGACAUGAAUUUGGUAGAGGGUUUACAAUCAAACUGUGAAACAAAUACAACUACUGCUGGUACGUGUUUGUGACAUGUUAAUUUUAAUAGCCCCCAGUAAAUUGGGACGGAUGGGGCCAAAAUGAAAGGAUCUGAUAUUUAAUUUUAUGUGGAUGAUAAUGGUAUUAAUGGGAUAUUUAAUGAUUAUAUGGCUGAACUCGGUGGUUGUAGUGGGUGGUUAUUAUGUCUGCAUUAUGUAAAUAUGUGUAAGA